CGGGUGCUGAUCAACAUCUCGGGGCUGCGCUUCGAGACCCAGCUGGGCACCCUCAACCAGUUCCCCGACACGCUGCUGGGGGACCCGGAUAAGCGCAUGCGCUACUUCGACCCACUCCGCAACGAGUACUUCUUCGACCGGAACCGGCCCAGCUUUGACGGGAUCCUCUACUUCUACCAGUCCGGGGGCAAGCUCCGCCGGCCUGUCAAUGUCUCCAUUGACGUCUUCGCCGACGAGAUCCGCUUCUACCAGCUGGGUGAGGAGGCCAUGGAGCGCUUCCGGGAGGAUGAGGGCUUCAUCAAAGAGGAGGAGAAGCCCCUGCCUCGCAAUGAGUUCCAGCGGCAGGUCUGGCUCAUCUUUGAGUACCCAGAGAGCUCCAGCUCAGCCCGGGCCAUUGCCAUCGUCUCUGUGCUGGUCAUCCUCAUCUCCAUCAUCACCUUCUGUCUGGAGACCCUGCCGGAAUUCAGGGAUGAGAGGGAGAUGCCUGUGCCUGUGCCCCCACAAAGUGGAGGUUUGAAUGGCACAAUCGGGGACUCCCCACCCAUGCAGCCACCCAGUAGCCUCUCUGACCCCUUCUUCAUUAUUGAGACCACCUGCGUGAUCUGGUUCACCUUUGAGCUCCUUGUCCGUUUCUUCGCCUGCCCCAGCAAGCCCGAGUUCUCCCGCAACAUCAUGAACAUCAUCGACAUCGUGGCCAUCAUCACCUACUUCAUCACCCUGGGUACCGAGCUGGCUCAUGGCGGGGGCCAGCAGCAAGCCAUGUCCCUGGCCAUCCUCAGAGUCAUCCGCCUGGUCAGAGUCUUUAGGAUCUUCAAGCUCUCCAGGCAUUCCAAGGGUCUGCAGAUCUUGGGACAGACUUUGAAAGCCAGCAUGAGGGAGCUGGGCCUCCUCAUCUUCUUCCUCUUUAUCGGGGUGAUCCUGUUCUCCAGUGCUGUCUACUUUGCUGAGGCUGAUGACCCCGAGUCUCAUUUCUCCAGCAUCCCUGAUGCUUUUUGGUGGGCAGUGGUAACCAUGACCACUGUGGGCUAUGGGGAUAUGCGCCCUGUCACCGUGGGGGGCAAGAUUGUGGGUUCCUUGUGUGCCAUCGCAGGUGUGCUGACCAUCGCCCUGCCUGUCCCGGUCAUUGUAUCCAACUUCAAUUAUUUCUAUCACCGAGAGACUGAUCAUGAAGAACAAGCGAUCCUCAAAGAUGAACACAGUAGUGCUCAGGGCAGCACAGCAGGGGGAGAUGUGAAGAGAAGAUCCAGUAGAAACUCUCUGAACAAAUCUGUUGUGCACUUGGAAAACAGUGAGGGGUUCAACAAUGGCACCAGCUCCUUAGAAAAAACCAAUAUCAAAGCGAAAAGUAAUGUAGAUCUCAGAAAAUCCCUCUAUGCUCUCUGCCUGGACACCAAUAGGGAAACAGACCUGUAA